AGCAACCCGGAAGAUCGACGUCAUGACGUCAUGACGCAGACACCGAUUUGAAGCGCUUGUUGAAACUGAAAGCAAAACACAACGCGUGUUUGGCUGACUGUUAUGCGAUUGAAAGCGUAUUGCUGAAAGUGAACCGUCCCGGUGGUUAAAGAAAGGUUCGACAUAAUGUCUGCGGCUGAGCCCAUCAUCUUAUCGAGACAGACGCAGAAAGAAAUCAACGGCAUUGCCACGCAAGUUGUGUGCACACAAUUCAGUAAUUACAUAUUUAUCGUCAUAACGCAGUAUGGCAAAAUCGGAACCUUGGUGUCCGUCACGCCCGAGUCCAAAUGCGAUGACUUCAACACUCCGAUAUUCUCCACCAAAGUGCUGCUGGGAAAAGAUGAGCCCCUGACACACGUGUGUGGUAAAAACCUGGGAACGUUUGUGUCACAACAAGCCGGCAGGCCUGUCCUACUGGGACUGGCACUCAAGGACCCCUCGGUCGAUGCAAUUACGCAAAUAAAAGAACUCAUCAAAAGUUGUCAAGUUUGGUAGGAAGACUGCAAGACCCCAUCAUCUCCCUUUUUUCUUUUUUUAAUUGAGUUGGAUGUUUUUUUUAUUGCAAUUUGUUAGAGCUGUUGGCCUACUUUACCAGUUUGCAAAAAUAACGCUCACUUGUUUUGUCAUUCGCCAUGUGAUCACAUUUCAUUGCAAUGUAAAUAUCUGAAAGCAUCACAAAACAUUUUCAAUAAAACAGGUUAGAGAUUA